AUGGGUCAGCAUUGGUUUACAUCAGUUACAUUCCCUCUCUUUGUAUUAUAUUUAAUUAUCACAUUGGUGGUUGCAUUCCAAAUAGGAAGAAUCAUAUAUAAUAAAUUUGGAUUCUUACUUUUAGGAUUUUUAUGGGGAAUCAUUAGAACAGUUUUUUGGCUGACGUUCUUCCAGAUUACAAAUCCACUCAUUGCCGAUCUACUGCUGAAUAUUCCAAUUAAUAUUCAAUUUGCGACUUAUUCUCUACUCGUACUCUUUUACGCACAUGUUGUACAUCGACAAACCUGGGAGAAAUCAACUAAAAAGAUAUUUACUAUUACCUAUUGUAGUGUCAACCUAAUACUCUUAAUUUUACAAUGUGUUUCGAUUCUUGCAUUCUAUGGAUGGAGACUUCAUUUCAUUAUUAGUUCAACAAAGAGUGCUCAACUACAAUCACAACUUCCAAUAUCGAUUAUACCAAUUACAUUUAUUAUAUUUUUGAGUUUUACAUCUCGAUGUAUAUUUGAUUUUGUAUCGGCACUUGGCAGUAUUCCAGGUAUCAAUUUGGAUUGUGGAUCGUUGAAGCAGAGUGUGACGAUCAUUAUCAGCUACUUUGUUUGGGAGAUUCUACCGUACAUUUUGAUUCUGGUGCUCUUCUGGAGAAUUCCAUCGACACAGAUCGGAGGACUCAAGCGAAACAAGAACAACCUGACGUACCCACAAACACCGGCACCAGGACGUGUCAUCAACCAAGGACAGCAACCAGGUGCACUUGCACGUCUCUUCCUAGACCCACAGCGUUACGACUCUGACGACGAAACCACCACACUUCUUUAUAAAAACAGUCCCGCCAACCUGUACAACGGCAGAAACUCCCCAUACAGUACAACUCCUAUCGAUGAACACCACGACUCUGAACAAGGUUCCUAUUAG